GGGAACAUUUGGCGGAGAAACCCGCAAGGCCAACUCCGGCAAUAAAACCUCAGGUAGGUGCUCUGCUCUGGGUUUUUGUUUAAAUGCAGCAUACGGAAGAAUCACCAGCGUUUAUGUUCGAGUCGAUGUGAAAGCCGUUGAUAUGCCUCUUGAUGCUGUUGAUGUUUUCCGGAUUCCUCCCGGACACAAUGCUCCACAACAG